AGAAUACGACUGGAGUUGGUUUUACUUCUAAUACUUCAAUCUCGUUUCAACUGACAUUUUGUUCUUUGUUGCCAUGGUAUUUUCUAAUUUUAUGGUGUCAUAAAGGCCUGGUAGUGAUGGACAAAUCGCUUACUUGUUAGGUCUGUUUGAAUUUGAUUUAAUCAGAAAGGAAACAGGAUUUACCGUAUCCGGAAGUUGUAAAACCGGUUCGAACCAUUGUGAUUCCGAUUGCAUGUCCUUACUUUUCCAUAGUAUAUAGUUAUCAGUUAAGCUUUCACUUGUUGCAGCCGUACAGUGGGUCCAGGCAUGGGAAAUUCGUCGUCCACGAAUUCAGCAAAUUAUGAGGUCAUCGUGAAAACAUCGGACAGGAAAGGAGCGGGAACAGACGGCAAUAUAUUUAUAGCGUUUCUAAAUAAAGAAAAGAAGCGGUCGAAAGAUUAUAAACUGGACGUACGGUUCAGAGACGACUUCGAACCGGGUCAUAACGAUCGGUUUCCAAUCAAGAAUCUCGUCGACUUCGGCGAAAUAGUGAAGAUUGAACUUUGGAGGGACCGGUGGUUCUUCUGGGAUAAUUGGCUGGUCGAGUGGAUUAUUGUUACGGACAAAGUUAAUGGCAAGUUUUACGAAUUCCCUAUCAACAGGUGGAUCAAAGGAGGAGCAAAAACAAGAUGGAGUAGGUAUGACUGUGAGCUCCCACAAAACGAUUCUGAGCAUAAACAACGUAAAGAUGAGCUCAUACAAAAGAGGUUUGUUUACCGAUAUUGGCAGAAGAUACCUGGUCUACCUGUACAGGCGCGAACUCUGCCAAGUGAUGAAAAAUACCGCCCAGAUAAACUGAAAGCAUUUACGACAACUGCCCGGAAACUCCGACUUAACUCUGAAUUAAUAUCGCUCACUGCCAAGAAAUUCAAAACACUGGAAGACAUAGAAGCGAUCUACAAGUACACAUUCUAUCGACCGACGGAAGAAAUCGAAACGUGGGACAGUGAUGAAGUGUUUGGCAACCGCGCCCUUAAUGGCUGCAACCCAUCUCAAAUCAAACUUUGCGAACAACUCCCAGAAGGGUUUUAUGUGACAGCUGAUAUGGUGGAGCCCUUCCUCGAAGGGUUGACAUUGGACGAUGCUUUGGUGAACAAACGAAUUUUCAUCAUAGAUUAUCAUGUGAUGGAAGGAAUCGAUUGUAUGCCAUGUCCGUUUGCAUUGUAUUUUGUCGGCAACGAUAAAAAGUUGAGACCUAUUGCAAUCCAACUGCAGAGGGCGUCUGAAGAUGCGACAGACAAACCACCUGUAUUCUUACCGAACGACCCUGAUUACACCUGGAAAUUAGCCAAAAUGUGGUUCAGCUUAGCAGAUGCGUCAUAUCACCAGACGGCAACGUUCUGCUUCACCUACAACAUUUUAGAAUCUGUAACCGUAACGAUGCACCGCCAUCUCUCUCUUUCUCAUCCUCUCCAUAGGCUGAUCGCUCCACAUUUACAGCACGUCAUAGCCACAAACAGAAUCUAACGAUGUGGUGGAGAAUGAUUUUGAACUGUAUGGCUUUAGAAGUACUCUUUCGAAAUCGGUAGACACCGGUGGCUGCGACAUACCGGGAAUUUGUGGAGAGGACGGCUUCGAAACUCGUGAACAAGUUAUCGAGGUUUUCACGGUGAUAAUCUUUGUUUCCAGCGUGGGAUGCGCUUCUUCUCAACAUGGAAUUUAUGAACGUUACGCCUACCCACCUGCCUAUCCUGUCUUCCUGAAUGGAGAACCACCAAAAGAUAAGAGUGAACGAUCAGAAUCUGAUUUGGUAGCGGCCCUGCCAGAAAAAAGCAAAGUUCUUGAAAUGCUUACGGUUGCCAAGUUAUGGAGUCUAAGCAGCAGAAGCAAACUGGCUGAGUUUGAUAAACAGUGGCUGUACAGCGAAGAGUGUUGCGAAGCUUUACAACAAUUUCGAAAGGACCUCCGGAUUGCAGCAAAUACCAUUGACGAACGAAAUGCAAGCCGAGAAUUUCCCUACUAUAGCCUUCACCCUGAUAACAUCCCAAACGGAAUAUCCAUAUAAACCAGUAGACCAGUAAAUAAGUCUCAAAUGCUGUUCGAAUUGUGUACUUCUGGUUAAAAAACAUGAAAUUUAGAAUUCCCAGAUUGAUAGGCCUAUGUUUUGAUGUAAUAGGGUACCUUAUUUAAAGGGCACAGCGCCCACUAGUGGUUAGAAUUAGUAAACCCAAAGUACUUACGAUUCCAGUCGACUUAUUUGUCGGGGUAUCAGAAUGAACAUGUUAUAUGCAUAUUUACAUUUGCCUUGUAAAAAAAAAAUACAAUAAUGGUGAAUACAUUUUUUUUAGAAAAUUGAGCGUGUAUAGCCUACAUGCGUAUGUUAAUGAUCUUGCGUAAAAUGUUCGUACAUGUAAGUUUACACAUUUUUAAAUAUUUAUCUAUUUAUCAUUUUUAAUUUUUAUUUAUUGGAAGGCGAUCAACAACUUAAUCCCUAAGUGUUUGAUAGAAUAACAUAUAAAUCACUAUCCUCAUUGGCCAGUUCUGUGCACUUGCUGUUGUAUCCAGAAAGAAGGCUAGAAGCCAGGCACACGACAGUAAUUUGUCUUAAAUUAUUUCUUCAAUCAACCAAUCGUUGGUAUUGGUAAUGCUCCUUAUUUCAAAACGUCAGUGGCAC